AUGGCAGUGAUUGGAGUAAAUAAGAAGGGACCCAGUCCUCCCACGACAGGCCGGCCAACACCUCCAUCACAAACUGGUCAACCUUGGCCUCCACCACCAAACACUCCUCCGGUAUCUAGGACGUCCCCGCCAGGCGCUUGCGGUAAAGGUCCUAUUGCAAGGAUUGUCGGAGGCAAGGAAGCAGAAAGAGGUGACUAUCCUUGGCAAGCCCUUCUCCAAAAGAACGGUCGUCAGUUUUGCGGUGGAACCUUGAUUAGACCACAAUGGGUACUGUCUGCAGCUCACUGCGUGGAGGACAAAGAGCCUAAAGAUAUCAUUAUUCGGAUGGGUGCAAUUUAUCGAGGCGACAAACCUUCCACAUCUCAAGGCGAACAGAAGUUCACGGUGACCAAGAUUAUUACGCACGAGUCUUACAACAAGCCAAAAAGAAUGAGUUAUGACGUUGCCCUCCUGAAGCUUGAGAGUCCUGCUACUCUUAACGACUUCACAAAUCUUGCUUGCCUACCUUCAUCUGAUCCAAUCCCUGGAACAUUAUGCACUAUCACCGGUUGGGGCUACUUAAAAGAACGUGGAGAGCCAUCCGAAAAGCUACAAGUAAUGCAAGUUCCCAUAAUGUCCAAAGAAACCUGUGAAGGAUCUUACCGAAAUGAAUUACACGAGUCUAUGUUGUGUGCAGGACUUCCAGGGGGAGGCAAAGACUCCUGUAAGGGAGAUAGUGGCGGUCCAAUGGUCUGCGAGGGUCCCGAUGGCAGGUACAUUGUACAUGGUGUAACCAGCUGGGGAUAUGGCUGCGCACGACCAGGAAGGCCUGAACAAUUGAAGGUUCCCCCCUACCCCAUCCCUGACACGCACCAUUUAGCAUUGCAAAAGAAAGAUCCAUCUUGUGAUUUUGAGAAGGAUCUCUGCUCGUGGAAACAAGCAACAUCAGAUGAUUUUGAUUGGACCAAAAACAGUGGUUCUACUCCUUCGGGUUCAACUGGACCAUCUUCUGGACACGGUGGAAAAGGAUACUACGUUUAUAUUGAGACUUCAAGUCCCAGAGUCCCUUAUGAUAGAGCAAUUUUGGAAUUCAAAGGAGUAAACAGAAAGACAGUCUGCUUAUCUUUCUACUAUCAUAUGUACGGGGUUCAUGUCAAGGCACUGAAUCUUUACAACGGCGGAAACAAAAUUUGGAACAUGAAGGGAGAUCAGGGAGACUCGUGGAAAAGGGCAGAAGUAACAAUCUCUGGUGAUUACGACCUUAGAAUUGAAGGAGUUUCAGGGGACUCCUAUCAGGCUGACAUUGCCAUUGAUGAUAUAUCUGUACAAGAUGGUUCUUGCGGAGGAAUUCCCCCUCCACCGUCUCUUCCCCCUAUCCCACCGACGACGCAGGGACCAGUGUCGCCGCAAUCGUGUGGUAAAUCACCAGUAUCGAGGGUUAUUGGAGGAGUGAACGCAAACCCAGGGAGUUGGCCUUGGCAGAUUGCGCUCUUAAGAGGAAGUGGCAAGUCUUUCAGUUGUGGUGGAUCAUUGAUAACUCCUGAAUGGGUGGUCACAGCAGCUCAUUGUAUCUCAAGAGGACAACCUGGAAGUUACUACACGAUCCGCCUCGGAGAUCAUAACCGUCAUGUUAAUGAGGGAACUGAAGAAGAUAUUCCUGCCAAACGUGUAAUCGUACAUCCUGAUUACAACAAAAUUCCCAUCGACAGCGAUAUCGCAUUGAUUCAGUUAUCUAAACCAGCUACCUUGAAUGCCAGAGUAAAAACUGUAUGUCUGCCUUCUCAGGAUGAAGUUGUUCCCACGUCUUCUAGAUGCUUUAUCACGGGUUGGGGCAAGAUUAAGCAUCCCGGGUCCUCGCAUCACAUACUACAACAGGCCAAUUUACCUCCCGUCACAAACAGCGAGUGUGCAAAGAAACUUGCAAGCUCUCCAGGAGGCUCAUCUCUACAAAUAACUCAAAACAUGAUUUGUGCUGGUGUCAGUGGAACUAUUCUCAGUGGUUGCCACGGAGAUAGUGGUGGUCCUUAUGUUUGUCAGACUUCCGCUGGGAAUUGGGUUCUGCAAGGUGCUGUUAGCUGGGGUUCUCCGCGAUGUUCUGCAGCAGAGCGAUAUACAGUGUUUGCUCGUGUUGGCAAGUUCAGAAGUUGGAUCGACAAGAAUAUGAAUAGUGGGAUUAUACCACCAACCACAAUACCGCCACCUCAACCAACGACGACUAAAGCACCUGCAACACCAACAACAGCAUCUAACUCCGGUAAAACGCAAUAG